GAGAGACUGAGAGAGAGAAAGAGAGAGAGAGUGUGUGUGUGUGUGUGUGUGUGAGUGAGACGCACACACACAGGCUGAGGGGUGUGUCAUAGCAACUUAGUUCCUCAAGGAAGUACAACUCAACACUAUCUCGAGACGGUGUGGUUAGUGAGCGAGGCGCUGCGGGAGGGCCGUUUCUCCCGGGUUCUGGUUCCGCUCGCGGUGAAGAUGGAGGGAUCUCGUUAAAGUCGUCCGGCCGGUGCUGUCAAACACACAGAGAGGAAGAGAGAGGGAGAGAGAGACAGAGAGAGAGAGAGAGAUCUGACAGAGAAGAGGAGGGAGGAGGACCCACAUCACACACACACACACAGACAGACACACACAGGCCAAAAAGAAAGCCAACCAUGGACGCCUUCAGCUCCAAGGACAUGGCCAUGAAGGCCCAGAAGAAGAUCCUCAGCUCCAUGGCCAGCAAGAGCUCUGUGCAAAUGUUCAUCGACGACACCACCAGCGAGAUCCUGGACGAUCUGUACCGCAUCUCCAAAGAGUACUCGGGAAACAAGUCGGAAGCUCAGAAGGUGAUCAAAAACCUCAUCAAGAUCGCGGUGAAGAUGGGCGUGCUGUUCAGAAACAACCGCUUCAGCACCGAGGAGCUGGGAGUGGCCCAGGAGUUUAAGAAGAAGCUGCAUCAAGGGGCGAUGACGGCCAUCAGCUUCUACGAGGUGGACUUCACCUUCGACAAGGCAGUGAUGGAAGAGCUGCUGACAAACUGCAGGGACCUGCUGCUGAAGCUGGUCAACACCCACCUCACCCCUAAAUCGCACGGUCGCAUCAACCACGUCUUCAACCAUUACUCUGACCCGGAGCUCCUGACCAAGCUGUACGACCCCAGUGGCCCCUUUCGACCCCACCUCACCAGGAUCUGCAAGGGACUAAACAAACUUGUGGACGAGGGCACGAUAUGACAGAGACAACAGGCGUCGGUCGGACACUGGGAGCGCUACAGGCGGACUCACCUUGAGACUCUGAACUGCUGGACAAAACCGGUCUGAAGCUGCCGCUGAGGACCGGCGACGUAAGACGAGUUACGUCAGAACAAAAUCUGCUGUACCAUCAAAGAACAUGUGGGAUAAAAAUGAGAGGUGGUUCAGUCAUUCCUUUUUUUUUUAAGUUUAAAGGUGAUAUAUAUCCACAGACAACUUGAAUAUAAAAUCUUUUACAGUUUUUUUUUUUAGAUGAUGAAACGUCAUCUGAUUUUUGAUAUUUUAAAAGUUACUACUGAUAUUGUUAUGCAUUGCGGAGAGGAGGAGUGAAAACAGCUGGACAGAGUGCAUAAAGAAAACAAGUCAGGGAACAUUGCCACUGUAGUGCAGCACUGCCAUCUGGUGGUCAAAGUGAUGCAACGCAACGUACUGUUCAGUUUCUUUACUCGGGCGUCCAGAAGACAGUGCAGCCAAUAAUACAGCAGAUAACCUCACAGUGGACGAUAACUCCCAGCGUUACUCUGCAGUUACAAGCAUCACUGCUCUCACAGGGUGUUGACGGCACGAGCUUCAGUCCAAAUCCCAUAAUUCAUGUUUUCCUGAAUAAUGUGUUGCAGUCAUUGACCGAGAUUAAGGCGGUUGUUAUUCUUCGGUUUUCCAUGACAAAAACAUUUGAUUUUCAACAUCCUGAACGGACAUUCCACCUCAUGUAACAGUCAAAUGUUGUAAUUUAGUGUUUUACUGCACAUACAUAGGAUUAUCCUAUUGCUUAAGCAAUAACGUGGAGAGAAGUCAAGGUACAAAAAAGCGAACAGGACGUUUUUGAAAGAUGAAGAGGUCAUGACAGACUGCAGUUUCCAACCGAGCCCAAACAUUUAAACGACUAAAUAAAGUUAGAUCUGAACCAAAACAGGGGAUCAACACUUUUGUCUUUAAGAAGAAAAUAUAAAAAGUGAAUCAAAAACUUUUCCAUGAAUAAAAAACAUUUCUGCUGUGAAAAUA